UGUCGUAGGCAGGGAAAUAGAUUUUCAGCUUUGGCUUCGGACAAGGUUUAAUGCUUGCAUUAGUAUUUCAAAAUUGCUGCCCCAUGAAAUCUACAAGUUGUGUGAAUUUGCUCGACCUUUCAGUGGUGAUGGCGAGCAUCUUUGUAGCCUCUAAUGUCUAUAUGCAUGGAUAUUUAGGUCGAAAUACGUCUCAGGGGUGGAAACAUCAUUGCGAUCAUGUAAUAGUAAUACACUUUUUUGCCUUUUGCCUUCUCUUUCCUGGAACCCUUCUGAUCGGAUUUUUGAAAUAUGACAUUGAUGAAAAGGUAUGUGUUGAGAUUAUUCAUAUCACUGAAGUACAUCACAGCAAAUGUGGUAGACAGAAACAACGGACGAAUAGUUGCCACAUCAUCGACGGUCGAACAUUCAAUGAAACAAUCAUUGGAGUGCGGUAGAACUUGCAACGCCAAGGCUGCAGCGAUCGUAGGAGAAGUGUUGGCAAUGCGUCUCAAAGUCGAAGGUCUUGAUCAGGGACAAGGAAACGGGAUCCAUGUCAACGUAAAUAAGGAGGUCGAGAAGAAAGGUUUCAAGAAUCGCACAAAAGUUUGGGCUAUAGUCAAUGGACUUAAGAACAAUGGAGUGAAACUUAUUUUGGAUGACAAUGAAAAUGAUAGUUCUCAUCCUAGCUUCCGCUAGAAUAGUGCGUCGAUCCUCCUCUCGCA